CAGAAAGAAAGCGCGCGCACAGGCAUUCGGACCGGCUGGAAUUAAGAAGUUGUCGCGCGCGGUUUUGUUUUCAUUUUAGUCAGGGAAAAAGCGCACUUCCGGGUUUAAUAUCCGCAGCCUGAGGAGCCACAGAAACGCGCUGAUAAUUUAUUCAGUAGUGUAUUUAAAUUAGCGUUAGCUUUUGUGUUGUGUAACUUAAAAAAAAACACACAUUAGAGAUGUUUGAGGCCCGGUUGGUUCAAGGCUCCAUCCUGAAGAAGGUUCUGGAAGCUCUGAAGGAUCUGAUCACUGAGGCGUGCUGGGAUGUGAGCUCUUCGGGAAUCUCUCUGCAGAGCAUGGACUCGUCUCAUGUGUCCCUGGUGCAGCUCACACUGCGCAGCGACGGCUUCGACUCCUACCGCUGCGACAGGAACCUCGCCAUGGGGGUCAACCUCAGCAGCAUGUCCAAGAUCCUGAAGUGUGCUGGGAACGAGGACAUCAUUACGCUGAGGGCGGAGGACAAUGCAGAUUCUCUGGCUCUGGUGUUCGAGACGCUCAAUCAGGAGAAAGUUUCUGACUAUGAGAUGAAGUUGAUGGACUUGGAUGUGGAGCAGCUUGGAAUUCCAGAGCAAGAGUAUAGCUGUGUAGUGAAGAUGCCCUCUGGUGAAUUUGCCCGGAUUUGCCGGGAUCUGUCCCAGAUCGGAGACGCCGUGAUGAUCUCGUGUGCUAAAGACGGAGUGAAGUUCUCUGCCAGUGGUGAACUGGGAACCGGAAACAUCAAACUAUCCCAAACCAGCAACGUGGACAAAGAAGAGGAGGCUGUGACGAUUGAGAUGAAUGAACCCGUUCAGCUUAUUUUUGCUCUGAACUACUUGAACUUCUUCACUAAGGCCACGCCUUUAUCUAAGACAGUCACUCUCAGCAUGUCUGCAGAUAUUCCACUUGUGGUGGAGUACAAGAUUGCAGAUAUGGGUCACAUCAAGUACUACCUGGCUCCUAAAAUUGAUGAGGAGUCAUCCUAAAUUCUCGCAUCAUCCACUUUAGUGCCAACUAUGCCUGUGUAACUGGACCAUAUCUGCAGUUCCCUGGCUCACAGAUCAGGAAACAGACACAACAGACUGUCCAAACAGUGAAGGUCACAUCUACGUUUGCCACCUGUUUAUUUUUGUUUGAUUAUUUUAUUUCCCUUUUUCUUUUUAAUUCCCACUCCAAUCUGCCUAAUUAAGCACUAGGAGUUUGUCCAUCCUCAUUCCAAUUCUUUGUAGAUAAAAAUAUCUGUAAAUAUGCCGAUUUGGUCUUUUUCAUUCUGUUGCCCACAAAUAAACAUUGUUAUUUGAA